AACAGCAAGUGUCCGCAUUUCUGUUCGCUCGCGCUUCUUACGUUUAUUUACAUACAUAAAAGCAAGUUUUGGCGAUUAGAAUGGCCACCACAACCUGCGAUGCGUCUGAGCAAGACUCUUCCAACCCUGGCGACCACAAUGGCACUUUAGAGCGCGAGGACAGACGCGAGGGCCUGCGUGCUUCGCGUCAGGAACCGGGCGAUCACGUUAAGAUGGACGAGCACCGCGAGCCCGGCGAGGUGACACGGGAAGAGAAACCCGUGAGCGCGGAUAACGAACCUCGGGGAAGCCCGGGUACCGACGGGGACGUGCGCUUGGAGGCUAAAGGAGAGCCGGAGGCCAGCGUGCUGGAGAAGCGCCACGAGGAGAAGAGCUCCGGUAGCGCGCGGGCGGCAGACGUGACGAGCGAGCUGAAGCGAGAACAAAGAGAGGAGAGCGUGCCCUCUCCCGGGGAGUGCGGCGCGAGCAAACGGGAGGAGUGCGUGCACAAAGCGGGCCACGGAGCCAAGCGCAGGGCCAGCGUGGAGAUGUCGUCGUCUGACGGAGAGCCGCUCAGCCGCGUGGACUCGGAGGACAGUAUCAGCAGCACCCUGAUGGACAUUGAGAGUACGGCAUCCAGUGGUCGCUCCACACCAGCCAUGAUGAACGGCCAUGCUGUGGUGUCCUCGGCGUGCCCUAAAGGGUCCUCGUACCCCUGCUGCUGGGACCAGUGCUCCCUCCUGUUCAGCAGCAGUCCGGACCUGGCCGAGCACAUCCGCGGCGUGCACGUGGAUGGCCAACGUGGGGGGGUGUUUGUGUGUCUGUGGAAAGGCUGUAAAGUGUACAAUACCCCUUCCACCAGUCAGAGCUGGCUGCAGAGACACAUGCUGUCCCACAGUGGGGACAAACCUUUCAAGUGUGUAGUGGGUGGCUGCAAUGCCACUUUUGCCUCCCAGGGGGGGCUAGCACGCCAUGUGCCCACCCACUUCAGCUCCCAAAGCUCCUCCAAGCUGUCCAGCCAAGCCAAGCUGAAGGAGGAAUCUCCUUCCAAAGCUGGGAUCAACAAGCGGCGGAAACUCAAGAACAAGCGUCGGCGGUCCCUGCCUCGCCCCCAUGACUUCUUUGAUGCACAGACUAUGGAUGCCAUCCGCCAUCGUGCCAUCUGCCUUAAUCUGGCAACCCACAUUGAAAGCCAGGGCAAAGGUCACAGUGUGGUGUUCCACAGCACGGUCAUUGCAAGGCGAAAGGAAGAUUCUGGGAAAGUGAAGCUGCUGCUUCACUGGACUCCGGAGGACAUCCUGCCGGACUCGUGGGUGAGCGAGAGCGACCGGCCGCAGAUGAAGACCAAAGUGGUGCAUCUGUCUCAACUGCCCCAGGACACUGCUGUUCUACUGGACCCAAACAUCUACAGGAUGUUUUUAUAGGAGCAGUGGAGUCUGUCAUGGCCUGCUGAUGUUCCCAGACUAAAGUGGACGGGUGGAUGUUUAGAGAUGGGAGUCGUGGCUUCAGGCUUCUUUCACCCCUUCUUCUUUUUGUUGUUUUCUAAUGCCGAAAGUCUGCCAAAGCAUGCAGUGAAAUUUAAUAUGUUUUUAUCCCUUGAGGAGGAAAAAAGUUGCACAAUAGCAAACUGACUGGUGCUGAACUUUUUAAAAGUUUUAGUUUUUCUUAUACCACUUUUCUCUGUUCAUUCGUAACCCUCCUGAGGUUUAUGGGUGUCUUGUAGAUGCAUUUGUUCAGAAAGUGCCCAUGUAAAUAUUCCUGGAGAUUUGUAAUAUAUUUUUGUACUGCAAAAUUUCAAGAUUUUACUGUAUUGUAGAUAGCUGUAAUAUUCCACAAGCUUUAGGAGAGUACUGUACAGAAUGAUAGAUAGCUUGGAACAAAAUGUGUUCCUUUUUUUAAAAUGAAGGCCGUCAAAGUGUAGAUGUAGUGUCAGGGUAGAUAUUAUGAACCCCUUCUCAUGCCAGUCUUUGUCACAUACUGGUAUAUCAGGUUCUGAUGUGAAUGGUAAGGAUGUUUUUUAAUGCUCUUUGUGACUUACUCAAACCAUACAAGCCAAGGACCAUAUAGACAUCUCAAAUGAAUGGUGCUACAGCUAACACUAGCGUUUUAGACUAAACUAGAAAAGCUUUUAGAUGAAUAAUAAUGGUGCUCUAUAAUUCAUGGGGUGUUCCACCACAGUGUUCUGUUGGAUCUGAACUGUCUUUGUAGUAAAUCGGAGAAUGAUA